AUGCCCGGAAGCAAGAGUGAUCAGUGUGAGAGGAGCUCUGGGGCUGGGUCUCCUACACAGAGCUGUGUCUACAAGCUCCCCAAGAGGAACCUCAGCCUCUCUGAUGCUGGGACUUACUACUGUGCUGUGGCCACCUAUGUGACACAAACUGAAAGAAUCGUUCAGCCAGAUCUCCUGGUGACGGCUGAGCUGGGAGACGAUGUCACUCUGCAGUGCUUCUAUCCCAGAGAUCAAACCUCUUACUUAUCAUGGUACAAGCAAACGGUGGGACAGAAUCCUGAGCUCAUAUCAUCAUCAUAUAAACACAGUCAGGAUGUUCUCUUUUAUAAUGGGUUUAAAGAUAGCCCACGCUUCACAGUUCAUGGUGGAGAAGGAAGGAACCAUCUGACCAUCUCAAAUCUGCAACCCUCAGACUCAGCGAUGUAUUACUGUGGAAGAACACAAGUAAAUAAACUGGAAUUUGAAAAAGGAAUAUUUCUAAUCCUAAAAGGUUCAAAGUCAAAAAAUAGGACAGUAGUGCAGCAGCCCGUGUCUGAGCCAGUGCAGCCAGGAGACUCUGUGACUCUGCAGUGUACAAUAGACACUGAGACCUGUGCAGGAGAACACAGUGUGUACUGGUUCAGACGGGGCUCAGGAGAGUCCUCUCCAGGAGUCAUUUACACCCAUGGAAACAGCAGUGAUCAGUGUGAGAGGAGCUCAGGGGCUGGGUCUCCUACACAGAGCUGUGUCUACAAGCUCCCCAAGAGGAACCUCAGCCCCACUGAUUCUGGGACUUACUACUGUGCUGUGGCCACCUGUGGGGAAAUCCUGUUUGGGAACGGGACCAAACUGGAAUUAGGUAAGCAACACUGUUAA